CGUACGCUCGUCCAGUAGAGACGAAACCUCAUCUCUUCACCACAGCGUCAUCUAUUGACUGUCCUCAACCUGAAGCCUUGUGAUAUGCUCAUGUGCCUGGCACUUAUGCCGUUUACUGCGUUUGCUCAUUGCACCCUCUUAUGUGCAGUCUGCAGAACUGUGCCCACAUAUAUACGUAGUGAGUCCUAAGCCUUAACUUUAGACGUCUGGUCACACCCAACUUCGGAACUUCCCGUAGUAGGUCCAGGUAGAAUUUUAGUUGCAGUUAGUGAGCUUGACAUAUUUUGCAAGAGCUGACAAACUUGCUGUGACUGCUAUCAACGCACUAUCUUUGCUUGUAUUAAACUUACGGAGGCAGCGAAGGCGUGGCAGUUUUCUGCACUUUUCGUGAUAGUACCAUUUACCAAUUGGGGCUGGCUUCUUCCAAGUAGCUGCCUUUGUUGGGGCAUCAAAGAAGCUGCUUGCCCGGCUCCCGACCUGGGACGUCGAGCUUUGGGCUUCGUAAGCACGGUUGACGCUUUCUGACGAAUGAUUGGAUGGAUUAACCUGAGCGUUGAGGCCUUCAUCUGCGACUCCUUCGGCCGCGAUGCCUGGCAGCGCAUCGUGCAGGAGGCCCGCGUGGACUGCAACUGGGUGUCCUCCUGCCCCUACCCCGACAAGAUCACCUACGACCUGGUCAUCACGGGGGCCGGCAUCCUGGGCGUCACGGUGCCGCAAGCGCUAGAGGCGUACGGGCAGUACUUUGUCAACUAUGUGAUUAAGCAGGGCUACACGCGGCUGAUGAAGAGCCUGGGCAGCAACAUUGCGGAGUUCCUCGCAAACCUCAACAACCUACACCUGCACCUGACGAUGGGCUUUCCUUCCAUGGUCGCCCCGGCAUUCCGAGUGGAGCAGGUCACCAGCAACAGCCUGCUGCUGCACUACCACUCCAUGCGCCCCGCGCUGUGGCCCAUCGUGAGCGGCGUGCUGAAGGGCGCCGCCCAGGUGCUGUUCGAGCACGCGGUGGAGCUGCAGCUGGUGGCGAGCAGGGAGGCGGGCGACUGCGACCACGAGAUAUUCCGGGUGACGUAUCCCCACCAGGAGUCCCUCACGCUCUGGGACAAUCACGACGCGGCCCUAGCAUCGGAGUACAGCAUGACCAAGGACUUUUUCUUUGAGAUGUUUCCCUUCCACGUCAUCCUGGAUCCAGAUUGCCGCGUCGUACAAGCAGGCAGCGUCAUGACGCGACUGUUCGGCUCCACGCUGACCCAUGGGUCGGCCAUCACGGAUACCUUUACGCUGCGCCAUCCACACAUUCCGUUUGAGUACGACAGAAUGUUGCUGGAGAGCGAUUCAUUGUUUCUUCUCAAGGCUUUUCAGACAGGUCUCGAGUUCAAGGGCCAAAUGGUCAAGACCAACAUGCCGGACGGCCGCCCCGUGUUGCUGUUCCUGGGCUCCCCGCGCGUGGCCACGCUGGAGGAGAUGGGCGCGCACGGGCUGUUCCUGUCCGACAUUCCGCUGCACGACAUGAGCCGCGACUUCGUACUGCUGGCGGAGCAGAGACAGGCGGAGGCUGACCUGAAGGAGCGCUUUGAGAAGAUGGCGGUUGAGCUGCGGGUCGCGAAUGAGCGGCUUGAGCAGGCCACCAGCUGGCUGGCUGAGGAGCGGAGCCGCAGUGACGCGCUGCUGUACCGCAUGCUGCCUGCGGACAUCGCGGCGGACCUGCGGGAGGGGCGCAAGGUGGAGGCCAUAAACUACCCGGAAGUGACCAUUCUGUUCAGCGACAUGGUGGGUUUCACAAACACCUCCGCCAAGUCAACUGCCGAGGAGGUGUACAACAUGCUCAAUGAGAUGUACGACAAGUUCGACUGCCUGAUCGACGAGUUCCCCGACGUGUACAAGUUGGAGACCAUCGGGGACGCCUACUUCCUGGUCUGCAACCUCACCACCCACUGCCCGCGACACGUGGACACCGUCAUCGACUUCGCCAUCCGCAUGCAGGCGGCGGCGCGGGGGGUGCGCGACGCGCAGGGGCAGCCGGUGCAGAUCCGCAUCGGCAUCCACACGGGCCCCGUGGUGGGCGGCGUGCUGGGCGCCAAGACGCCGCGCUUCAGCGUGUACGGCGACACGGUCAACGUGGCCAGCCGCAUGGAGAGCCACGGACUGCCGGGCAAGAUCCACAUCUCCGCGGCCGCCUACGCGCGCAUCGUGGACAAGCACAAGUAUGCGGUGCGGGAGCGAGGAAACAUCGCGGUCAAGGGGCGCGGAAACAUGACGACGUACCUGAUCGGUGGAACGCAUGACGACUGGCUAUUGCGUCAGAGCUUCACGGAUGUCCAAAUGGACGGUGUGGGCGGUGUGGCGGGCCGGGAUGGCUCCUUCGUUGUCACUGCAUCCGGCAGAUCAGCGGACAGCAUGGCUGCCUAUCGGCCCCAAACUGCCAUGGAGGCAAUCAAGGAGGGAGAUGAGGACCGACUGUCUCGGAGCCUCCCCCCGCAUGGUUUCGUAAGCGGAACCACAGCAACCAACUCCUUCACUUCCAACCCAGCUGGAGAUUCCUCGGCCGCCCUAACCGGCACGAACCUCCCAACAAGCAGCACAGGCAUGGUGCAAACUGGCGCAACGGUUGUAUCGGUUGAUACAAGCGCAGCAACUGUUGCCGCUGCCGGCGCCGCGGUUCCGUCCAUUCGAAAGUGUCCGUUUCAGCACGGCUCAUUCCCCAACCCAUAUAACGACUCCGCUGCUAGCAGCGUCAACAACAGUGGCAACGUAGCAAUGGCGACAUUGACGCCAUCGAUGUCACUUGCAGCAGUCGCCGCUGCAGGUGCGACACCCGUCAGUGCGGACGCCGCCGCCGCUACCGCCACUUCCACCCAAAGCAAUGCUGAUUAUCUUGCAAGCGGCGGAGUCGCAGCCAUUAGCGGCGGCGGAAGCGGCGGCGGCCGCCACUUGGCGUCAAACCAACGCGCCGGAACAGGCGAUAUCCUGUCGUACAUAUCGGCUGCGAAUGCGGCGGCGGCAGCGGCUCAGCCGUCGUCGCCGCGCAGCGGCAGCGUCGCCGUCGUCGCCGCCGCCGCCGCCAGCAGCGGCUCAUUCAGGGAGGCGGCUCGCGAGGCGUCCUUCCGAGCCGUAUACGCGAGGGGCGGUCGACCCGCGAGCCGCAGCAUGCUCCAUGGAAGCCCAAGCGCCGCCGCCAGCGGGCACAGCCUCCUGGCAGCAGCUAGCGGCAGCGUCGAAGGGACGACGACAACGGCGGCGGCGCCUGUCAGUGGCGGUUUUGAAAAGUCGUCGUACGACAAUGUGGCGCCAGCGAGCUCUGUUGCCGCCGCCGCCGCCGGCGGUACAAGCUUUGUAAUCGCUCGCGGUGCAACAUCCAAGUCGUCAUUACCGUUCCAGCAGGGUACGGCAGCAGCCGUGGUGGUAGCGGCGGCGGCGGCAGCUCCGCCGCCGCCAGUGUUGGAAGCGCCGGCUGUGACGGCGGUUGAGAAACCAACGGUGGCGGCGAAGGACGCGCCAACGCCAGCGCAGGCGCAGGCGCUGCCGCCGCCGCCGCCGUCCCCAAUGCAAGCGGCUGUACUACAGCAAUUGCAGGCCGCAUCGCUGUACGAUACCUCUGUUCGUCGGAACGGCUCGACCGCUGGCAAUUCCCGGGUCAGCGAUCCCUCCAGCGGCGCAGGAGAUGUCUCGCCCAGUACCGCCAACAAACCCAAGGGCUUGGCGAGCAAGCUUAAGAACUUCUUCAAGAAGUGACCCAUGGGUCAUUUGAGGAUCUAAACAAGGGCCCGAAUUUAAUUGACAUGGCCGGUCAGCUGCACUCUAUGCUGCUUCGAUGCAUCUUCAUAGAGCGGGGCCUCUUGGUUGUUGUCGGCAACGCUAGAACUUCUAGAAAUGUACUGCAACUGGUGCACCGGUAAAAAUUGCUGCCAAGCCUUUUUACCGUGUAGACGUCUGGACUCUGCUCGCCAAACCUCGUAUGGCCUUUCACUUUCUAGGUUCCCUAUUUUGAGAACAUAUUGUUGUGCUGACUAGCAUGGCUAUUUCCUUGGGAGCGUUUCCUUGGCUCCCAGUAUCGUUAGUCAGGAGGAGCUCGGUUCGGGGACUGGCUGCGGGCGCUGCCCACAACGCGUGCCUGCGUGUACAAAACAAAAACCCGAGCGAGCCGCGAAACGACAUGGACGUGACCACUGGCCGAGCGUGUGUGCUUGCUGAAACUCAACAAACAAAUGGCCGUCUCCAUCCUGACAUUCUAGAAUGUCCCUGCCGUUUUCGACAAGGUACUCCGCCUUUUGCUGUCGCAUGGCUUUGCGGUGUUGGAGGUUUCGCUGGCAGCUUCAUGCGUUGUAGUUCCUGUCGGUGGGCCCUCGGCUCGUGGGUUCAUGCAAAUCAUGUGCAUUUGCACGUGGUUGGAUGUCAGGGUCUGUGGGAUGAAUUUUGGGUUUGGGUGUGUGAAUCGGUCAUGCGGGGUUAUCGGUGUAUGCACGAAUUGAAGGACAUACCACAUACGCAAAUGCAUCUGGGGGCGGGUGCAUUUCUGGUGCCAUUUUCAAUUGCAAUCCGCUCUGCAGCAGCGGCG